ACUGGGAUGAAAAGCUUCACCUGCAGACCCACUCCAUUAAAAAAAGUGCCCCGGAAGGAGUUUCGUAGCCUGUUCACAUUAGAUCCUUGUUGCUGGAAUGGGGACCUCUUCUCUCUGCUUCCUGCCUCUUCUCUCCAAGCCAAGCGGAAAAUCAACUGGCUGCACAGUGAGCCAGGCCCUGUGGACAAGUUACCUGCAAAUUUCUUCUCUGAACAGGAUUCUCCGGACAGCAUUUUCCUCCCUUCACUACAGGUGGUAUGGAGCAUACUCUGGACAACUAGGCAAAUUUUCUUGAAAUUCUGAUUGUCCUUUGAAUAUUAAUCUACAUUUAUCUCAGUAUUUCAAAGUUUGUUGAUAGUUUGGGUAAAUAAUGGCUCAGCUCCAGCAAGGAGGUCCAGAUGAAAAAGAGAAGACUACUGCAUUAAAGGAUUUAUUGUCUAGAAUAGACUUGGAUGAACUAAUGAAAAAAGAUGAACCACCACUUGAAUUUCCUGAUACUUUGGAAGGAUUUGAGUACAUUUUUAAUGAAAAAGGGCAAUUAAGACACAUUAAAACUGGGGAGCCAUUUGUUUUUAAUUAUCGUGAAGAUUUGCAUAGAUGGAAUCAAAAGCGCUAUGAAGCUCUUGGAGAGAUCAUUACUAAAUACAUUUAUGAACUACUUCAGAACGAAUGCCAUUUGAAGAAAGUAACUCUUCCAGUUGAUGCAAUUGAGACUGAACCAAAGAGCUUUAUCUUUAUGAGUGAAGAUGCAUUAGUAAAUCCUGACAAGCUGUUGGUCUUAAUUCAUGGUAAUGGUGUUGUCAGAGCUGGUCAGUGGGCUAGGAGACUCAUAAUUAAUGAAGAUCUGGACAGUGGGACACAGAUACCAUACAUAAAGAGAGCUAUUGAGGAAGGCUAUGGAGUAAUAGUUCUGAAUCCCAAUGAGAACUAUAUUGAAGUUGAGAAGACAAAAGCCCAAAUACAGCUGUCUUCUGAUAUCUCAGAUGAACCUGCAGAAAAGAGAGAAAAAAAAGAUAAAAUACAGAAGGAAACAAAGAAGCGACGUGACUUCUAUGAAAAGUACCGAAAUCCACAAAAAGAAAAAGAAACUAUGCAGAUCUAUAUUAGAGAUAAUGGCUCUCCUGAAGAACAUGCAAUUUAUGUUUGGGACCAUUUUAUUUCCCAAUCCGCUGCAGAGAAUGUGUUUUUUGUUGCUCACAGUUAUGGUGGACUUGCCUUUGUAGAGUUGAUGAUUCAACGAGAGGCAGAAGUAAAGAAUAGGGUAACUGCUGUGGCAUUGACAGACUCAGUUCACAAUGUGUGGCACCAAGAAGUUGGAAAAACUAUUCGAGAGUGGAUGCGAGAGAACUGCUGUAACUGGGUGUCCAGCUCUGAGCCCCUGGACACGUCGGUGGAGUCCAUGCUGCCAGACUGUCCCCGUGUCUCUGCAGGUACAGAACGCCAUGAAUUAACUUCUUGGAAGAGUUUUCCAUCUGUUUUCAAGUUCUUCAGUGAGGCUGUAAAGGCGAAGAACAGCUUGGUGAAACCAACCCCAACACGGCGCUCCAACAGGAUAAAAUAUGAAGAAUUCUAAAAAGGGUGGAGGAAAAAAACCCACCACCACCAAUGUAGUUGCUGCUUGUUUUCUGCAAGGAGUCUCCCAGCCCCUCAUUAGAUUGUUUUCUUCCUAGAGCACAGGGUCGUGAUGUAUACAUCUAAAUAGCGUUUUGCAUUAUUUCUAGAUGAGUGCAACUGUCAAAGCAAUAUGGGUUCACUGGUUGUGCUUCCUGUGGGCUGUAACUUGGAUUUUGUGCUGCCUAUCAGUGUGCAGAUUAAGGCUGACAGUGGUACUGCACACUGCAGCAUGGUGCAACUCUAAUUGCCCUGACAUAGCCCUGCACCAAGCUGAUGCCAAAAUUUAAACGGCUUCAUUGCAGUCUUAUUGCCUGCAGGAUAUUUUGCAGCUUCCUUCUAUUUUGAGACAGAACAAAAUAUGAAUUACCCUUUUUUAAAAGACGGGCCUAACUCAAACGUAUUAACCAGCCUAUGAUUUUACACCUAGAAGCCUUCUCUUUUUCUAGCACCAAGUGGAAUUGACUUCUAACUCUCUCAUUUUUCUGCUGGCAAGAGUGUCCAAGAAGUUUGGCCCAGAAUUCUAGAAAGGCUCUAUUGUUGAAGAUAUUUUCUCUUGCUAAAUCAAUGAGAUUAUGUGUAGAUCUUCUCUUCCUUUGGAAAGCUCUAC